UGUGAUGGUUGGAAUCCAUGAUUUGUGCUGUUGCAAAGAACAAAAUAACUUGAAUAAGAAAUGCGGAUGUCAAUAGCAUGCUGUGAACUUUAUCCAAUGAGAAAGCAAUGGCAAUUCCACGUUUACAUAUGAAAUUUAUGCAAACUCUGUGGAUUUUCUAAUCGAUUAGAACAAAAAAAACCCACUCAACAGCUAUCGUCAUCUUUUUUCUUUGCUGCUUGCGAUUUGGCAAGUUCAACACUCUUUUUUCGAAGAAUAGGCGGUCCUUUUUUUCGAGCCUUUCCAGAUUGGGGAGCUGCUUUCUUUUGAUAAACUCCAUGACCUGAUAGAUUAAAUAAAAUUACUUCCUUAUCUUUUCUCGUACAUUUACUUAUAUAAGUUUUACUCUUCAAUAUUGCCCUUCCCCCUUCUUCGAACAGCAUGCUGAGCAUUUCCAAUGGAGACAAAUACGCAAAGAAAUACAAUUAAUCUUGAUACACAGCAUUAUCCAUCUUCCUCACAAUUAAAUAAUGCUCACCAAAACUUAGCGAGCCUAGAAGCGUUAGAUAGGAAAGACAAUCGAAAAACUCGCUCUGUCAAUUGGUUUAUGGUACGCACCAUUCUGACAUCGGGUGCCGGCUUCUUCACUGACUCGUACGAUGUCUUUAUUAUCAAUCUUGUCAUGCCUAUGAUCGGCUUCGUCUACUAUCCCAACAACAACAACAAAAUACCCUCCGAUAUUGAAGGCAUUGUCAAAGGCAUGGCAUCGGUUGGUACCCUUCUUGGCCAGCUAUUUUUUGGUUUCAUGGGUGAUAUAUUUGGACGAAAAAUAUAUGGCUUUGAACUACUGAUCAUUAUCAUCGGUACCAUCAACUGCGCAACGGCGGCAUCGGCCAUAAAAGGUGUCUCUAUGCUGGGAUUUCUGGGCUUUUGGCGCUUUAUUUUGGGCAUAGGUAUAGGUGGAGACUAUCCUAUGUCGGCUACGAUCACAUCGGAAUGGUCGUCUGCCGGAAGACGUGGUAUGAUGAUGGCACUUAUCUUCUCUAUGCAAGGCAUUGGUAUGUUGGCAGCCGCUAUAGUGACUAUCAUUCUGUUGGCUAUUUUCAAAAGUGGUAUUGAAACAGAUACGAGGGAGUUGGAUUAUGUGUGGCGACUGUGCAUAGGCUUGGGUGCCGUACCUGCAUUUGCUACCGUUUAUUUACGAUUUACAAUGCCUGAAUCGCCGCGAUAUUCGCUCGACGUCAAGCAUGACGUCGAACAAGCAGCUAUUGCCAUGACUGUACGCGGUGAGCAUCGCCGACAUCAGCAAGAACAGCUGGCGCAAAAAUCAAAAAGCAGAAACCAUUGGAAAGAAUUUCGGGAUUAUUUCAAGCAGUGGAAGCAUCUCAAAGUAUUGCUGGGUACAUCUCUUUCCUGGUUUCUGUUGGAUAUAGCAUUUUAUGGUUUGGGACUGAACAACAGCUACGUCCUCAAUGCCAUUGGCUUUUCCAAGAAAGAUACACCUUUCGAGGUGAUGUGGUGGAAUGCCAUCGGGCAACUCAUUAUCACUCUUCUUGGUUCAGUCCCAGGUUAUUAUCUAUCCGUCAUUUUCAUCGAGAGGUGGGGUCGUCGACCUAUACAAAUCAUGGGUUUCGCAGUAUGUACCGCUUUAUUUAUCAUUCUAUCAGCUGCCUAUCAUCCUCUGCGAGAUAAUUCAAUUCCGGCUUUCGUUGCUAUCUUUACUCUGGCUCAAUUAUUCCAAAACUUUGGUGCUAACACGACUACCUUUAUUAUCCCUGGUGAAGUCUUUCCAACCAAAGUACGAGCUUCUGCACACGGUAUUUCUGCUGCUUCAGGCAAAGCAGGCGCCAUUCUGGCAGCCUUUGCUUUCAAUGAGUUGGUAGAAACGAAUGAUUCUUAUCCUGGUGAGCAUGCAUUCUUGCCCCAGACUCUCGGUAUCUUUGCGGGUAUCAUGUUUUUAGGUCUCAUUGUUACGAUUUUAUGGAUACCCGAAUCCAAAGGCAAAGACUUGGAAGUAUUCGAAGAAGGCUAUGUGUCGCCUACAGGUUCAGUUGUAACUGAUGAGUUCGAACCACCCCCUGUUACGGCAGUAACAGAUGAGAAGAACGGUAGAAGCAAAGAAUAUCCCAGCAAUCCGGAUAAUGGAAAUGGCAAGGAUAGCAAUCAUUCUUCGACAAACGCUAGUUCUUCAUCCAAACCUUAUAUUUAUUAG